AUGGAUUGUGUCUGUUCUCCAUACACAAACAUAAGUACUGGAGCAGUUAGUCAGUACAUUUCACUUUUCUUGAAUAUUCUCACAACCCCGCGUUUUCCCCCGGAAUUAUGGCCGAAAGACUAUGGAGACAUUGCAAUUGAUCAAGGAUUUGAGGAAUAUGACUUCAUAAUCGUUGGCGCCGGAUCUGCUGGUUGUGUUCUUGCUAAUCGUCUCAGUGAAAAUCCUCAAUGGAAAAUCCUUCUUGUAGAAGCAGGAGGAGAUCCUCCUGUAGAAUCAUUGGUAAGACUUUGCUUACAUUUAGUGGAAAGUGAUUAUGACUGGAAGUAUUAUAUUGAACCAUCUGAAAAAUACAGCAAACUAUCGGGUUUAUGGCCAAGAGGAAAGAUGUUGGGAGGAUCGAGUUCGAUGAAUGCAAUGAUGUACGUCAGAGGAAUUGAGAAUGACUAUAAUCACUGGGAAGAGCUUGGAAAUCCAUCAUGGGGAUGGAAGAAUGUGCUGCAAUACUUCAAGAAGUCUGAACGCAAUCAAAAUCCUGAGAUUGCUGAUGCUUUCGGAGGAUAUUAUCACUCCAAAAGUGGAUUAUUAAACGUUGAACACUUCAACAGUAACGAACCUAUCAAUUCUUAUCUGAUCCAAGCAGCCAAAGAACUGGGAUAUGAAUAUGUACCAGACAUGAAUGCAGAUAAGCGCAUUGGAAUAACUACUGGUCAAGGCACUGUUAAGGCAGGAGUGCGCGACAGCACAGCUGCUGCAUUCUUACGUCCGGCAAAGAAUCGACCAAACCUACACGUUGUUAAACACGCUCAAGUGCUAGGCCUGGAAAUUAAUCACAAAGCUGAAGUUUCAGGAGUACAAAUGAAUCUCAGAGGACAAAAAGUGUUAAAGGCUUUUGCGAAGAAGGAAGUGAUCUUAAGUGCCGGAGCGAUAAAUUCCCCGCAAAUUCUAAUGUUAUCAGGAAUCGGACCUGCUGCUCAUCUUCGACAAUUUGAAAUUCCAGUAAUUCGACAUCUUCAAGUCGGAAAGAACUUGCAAGAUCAUCCUUUCGUACCUCUUAUUUUCAAAUUUGAUGAAUCAACAGCAAUUCCAGUAACAAUGACUCAAACUCUUCAGGGUUUCUUGCAAUAUUUUACGGAGCAUACUGAGUGCGAUUAUUUAGUAUUUGAUAGUGAUCCUUACUGGGAGUGUUAUUGUCGUUACAUGACCACAACCCUUUAUCAUCCAGUGGGAACUGUUAAGAUGGGCCCCGAUUCAGAUCCAAACGCUGUUGUUGAUCACACACUAAGAGUCAAAGGCGUUAAAGGCUUGCGAGUCAUUGACGCAAGCAUAAUGCCAAGAAUUCCCAGAGGCAACACCAAUGCGCCAACAAUCAUGAUCGGAGAAAAAGGAGCUGACUUUGUGAAACGCUCUUGGGGUUACACCGGUCAAUGA